AUGAUCGACUCAAUAAAUCCAGAUUUAAUUGCAUUUCUUAAGAAUAUAAUACAUCCUCCCAGUGGCAACAAAGUGUUGAAGACGACGAAUGGAUUCUUUGUAGAAGCAGGUGCAUAUGAUGGUCAAACAGCAUCAAACACGUUGUUUUUGGAAGUAGAGAGGAACUGGACAGGAUUGUUGGUUGAACCUGAUCCUUACUUUUUUACUCAAUUGAUUGGCAAGAAUAGAAAUGUAUGGGCAAUCAAUGCUUGUUUGAGUCCAUUCAAUUAUACCUCGAAGCUGUAUUUUGAAGAAAGUAACACUCAAGUAGGAAGAUUGAAAUCAAGCGAGACAAAAGAACUGGCCACUGAAGUUCCAUGUUUUCCAUUAGAUGCUCUGCUACUUGCACUCGAGAGGACAACUGUAGACUUCUUCAGUUUGGAUGUGGAAGGAGACGAGGUCGCGGUAUUGAAGACCAUACCCUUUGACAAAUUUGACAUAAAAGCACUGGCUGUUGAAUACAGACACGGCAUAAAAGAGGAAUAUCUUGAUGUGAUGAAGAGAAACAAUUAUAACCUCAACAAGACUUUGAGUGUUGAUCACCCGGAAAUAAAUGUAUACGUUGAUGAUUUUAUAUGCUACCUAUCUGCUACUUUAGCGUUUCACUCAGGCAUUGCAAAGCACAAUGUUAACAUUCCAUUGCAUUAUCAGUAUAAUUUUAAAUAA